CGAAGGCAACGUUGGAGAGAAGCAUCCAUCAGAAAUGGCGUCGUUCGACUCGUUCGAGGAACAAUCACAUCAAUCGCCGACAAGGGGACCCUUCGAGGAUGACAACAGCUACACGGACAUGGGCAUGGGCUACGAGUCUCAUCAGCAUUAUGAUUACGAUGACCAACAUCCUCAAUUCAACAACGUGGAUCCAAACAACAACAACUUCAGCGAUAACGCACAUUCUCCUCCUGUUUAUGGCUUCGGCAUUUCCACCCCCAACCCCGACUUCGUUUCCCCCUUCGAACCAGCUGCCGCUGAUGACACGACCUUCUCCUCCGACGGUCCAAUGCUCCCCGACCCAUCUCAAAUGCAAGAGGAAGGCCGUGCUAGACGUGAAUGGCGACGUCUAAAUGCCAUUCAUCUUGAGGAAAAAGAGACAAGAGAGAAAGAGAUGCGGAAUCAGAUUAUAAAGGAAGCUGAAGAGUAUAAGGAAGCUUUCUAUGAGAAAAGAAAGGUCAACUGUGAGAAAAACAAAGAGAACAAUAGGGAAAGAGAAAAGAUACACUUGGCCAACCAAGAAAAAUUUCACAAAGAAGCUCACAACCAUUACUGGAAAGCAAUAGCUGAGAUAAUUCCUCGCGAGGUUCCUAAUAUCGAGAAGAGAAGAGGGAAGAAAGAAGGUGAGAAUAAGCCUUCUGUUCAUGUUAUUCAAGGUCCAAAGCCGGGAAAACCCACUGAUCUUGCAAGAAUGCGCCAAAUGAUUUUGAAGCUUAAACAGAACCCCCCUUCUCAUAUGAUGCCUCCCCCACCCAAAGAAGAGAAAGAUGCAAAAGAAGGCAAAGAUGGCAAAGAUAACAAAAAUGCAAAGGAAGGGAAGGAUGAUAAAGAUGUGAAAAGCUCAACACCAACUGCAACAACAGGUGUUGUAGAAAAUAAACCUUCUUCCCCUGCAAAAGAUGUUGCUGCUAAUGGUGAACCACAAGAUCCUGCUAUUGUUGAGGGUGAGCAAGUAGCUAGUUCUGAACCAAAAGCUGCUUAGUGAUGAAGACAUUACUGUUUUUUAUAGCAAUUCUUUUUAAAUAUAUUUUGUAUUCCUUUGAUCUUGCUAAUUUUUGUUGCUAUAUUGAUGGAGAAUAAGUGGUGGCCAAAUGAAGAUACGUUAGGCUUUGCAGAAUGCCCAGUGGAGAGCUUUAAUCCAAACUAUUAUCCUAGAAUUGUAGGUUUUAGAUGCAGAUCUUUUGGUGCCAUCUUACAUUAAUACUUCUAAUUAAAGUAUAAUUUUUCUAGAA